CCACAAUUAUUCUAAUUCGUAUGGUUCUACAUAUACAAUGUCUGGCACAGCAAUGGCUGCUGCAAAUGAGUGGCAGAAGCCAAGUUUUGGAGCCUGUGCCCCACCGUCUUACUUAUAUCAUCCUCUUUCUCCAGCAUCUGGUGGUAUUUCAUGCACAUCAAGUCAGUUAAUGAAACCAGAUACUUCUCAGAAAGUAAAAGAAACUUCUUUGGAAAGGAAAAAGAAUAAAACAAAAAAGGAGAAAAAUCAAAAAAAUAAAAGUCAGCAAAGUUGUUCUCAGGAUACUAGUUUGCAGAAUUCUUCAGAUUUUGAACAAAAUUGCAAUAAAUUAAAUAAUAAUUAUUUGCCAUAUAAUCAGAACUGUGGUUGGGCGACACCAUUGCAUGGUUAUCAAAAUGGAAGGCCUUAUUCACCAAACCCUGCUGGUUAUUAUAAUCAACAGUACUGUUUAUAUUCUGGUCCAAAGGAGCAAACCUCUUCAUCUUCUGCAAAAUACUCACAGCAAAGUGUGCCUAGUAACAACAAUAAUUAUAAAUUCACUGCCACCAAUAAUUGCGUUAACUACCCAGCUAAUAAUUGCAGAAGUAACUACAAUUAUAAUUAUCCAGCCAUGGGGUUAUCUAGCAAUAGCAUUAACCCAAAAACUGAGUUAUCCAACAAUAACAAUUAUCUGGCUACAAGAGUGUCAAACAACAAUGAUAACAACAAUAAUUACUUAGCUGUAGAGCAAUCAGGCUGUAACCAGAAUAGCUACAACCCAGCUAUGAAGCAAUCUAACAACAUAAACAAUGGUUACUAUUCAGCUAUGGAGCAGCAUAACAAUUUAAAUAAUGGUUACAUGUCUAACUCAAGCCCCACAACACAUUGUGAGCUGCCCUCCCAACAACAUAAUAAAAACAAGACCCACCACCAGUAUCAGGCGGUCAAUACUGGUUUUCUGUCAACCACACAACAAAAUAAUUACAACAUGCCCCCAAACUUUAAUCAACAACAGAACAGUUGUUAUCCAACAACAUCAUACUUUACAUCAUGGCAACAGUCAGAGAAUUAUUCUUAUUCAGGACCACAAACUUCGUCCUUUUAUUCUUCUUCUCCAGUGGCACCAGUUUCUGAUGGUUUCAAUUCAACAUCUCCUAAUUAUCAAUCUCCAUCCACAUCUCCUACAUCUGUUUCUAAUCCUCAAACAUUUAAUACUACCCCGCCAAGUUCGUCUUUCUUUUCAAACCAAACGGCAUCCUAUCCCCAUGUGGGUGGCCAAUCAUACUCUCAGUAUUGGUAUCAAUAUAGCUACCCUUACUAUGGAGGUUAUCCAAGUUUUUAUAGCUACCCUUACUGCCAGUAUACUUCAUCAGCUCCUUGUUCAGCUAAUGCCCAGGUGAAUUGUGGUCAAAGAAAUAUGCAAUUUGGAAAUCUGAAGUCUGGAGAAAAAGCUUCUAUCCCUGAAACUAUCUUCGUCCCAAAUUACAGAGGUGCCGAGGUGAGUGUUGAUGGCAAAUAUCUCCUGCUGUCUCCUAAUGAAGGAUGUGAUCCAGUCAACCGAUUGUUUUAUGUUGAACUUGACAAACUUCCUAAUGGCAUUACAGAAAACCUUCCAUAUGUGAAGCUUAUUGACAACUUCGAUGCCCAGUAUGAGUAUAUCACCAAUGAAGGCAGUGUCUUUACGUUCCUCACCAACUUGAACGCACCAAAGUACAAAAUUAUUAAUAUUGACUUCCAAAAUCCUGACCCGAAAAAUUGGAAGACUCUCGUUGAAGAAGAUAAAAAUGCCGUUUUGGAAUGGGCUUCCUGUGUCAACCACAAUAAACUUGUACUUUGUUAUUUAAAAGAUGUCAAGAAUAAGCUGUAUGUACAUCGACUGGAAACUGGAGUACUGGAAGCUGAGAUACCUUUAGACAUUGGCACCAUAAUUGGUUGUUCAGGAAGAAAGAAAAGCAAAGAGAUUUUUAUCCACUUCAUGUCUUUUCUGACUCCUGGCAUUAUCUAUCGUGUGGAUAUGACAGUUGACAAACCAACUCCUGAGGUAUUCCGGACAAUUAAAGUGAAUAAUUUUGACUUCAGCCAGUUUGAAGUUCAACAAGUGUUUUAUCCAAGCAAAGAUGGAACCCAGAUUCCAAUGUUUCUGGUUCAUAAAAAAGGUUUGGUUCGUAAUGGUAACACACCAACAUUUUUGUAUGGCUAUGGAGGCUUUGACAUCUCAAUGAAACCAACAUUCAGUGUUUCGAGAUUGGUUUUUCUCAAGGAUUUAGAUGGAGUGUAUGCUCUAGCCAAUAUUCGAGGUGGUGGGGAGUAUGGUGAAAAAUGGCACAAGAGUGGCACCCAUGCCAAAAAACAAAACGUCUUUGAUGAUUUCCAUGCUGCUGCUGAAUAUCUCAUUAAUCAAAAGUACACCUGCCCCAAAAAACUUGUCAUCCAUGGUCAAUCAAAUGGCGGACUGCUUGUUGCAGCCUGCAUAAACCAGCGUCCAGAGCUGUAUGGAGUUGCUCUUGCUCAAGUGGGUGUAAUGGAUAUGUUUCGGUUCCAUAAAUUCACCAUUGGCCAUGCAUGGACCACUGAUUUUGGAUGUUCUGAUAUUCCAGAACAGUUUGAAUUUCUUAAAAAGUACUCACCACUCCAUAAUAUUAGGGUCCCUAAAGAUGAUAUUCAGUAUCCCUCAACCCUCCUGUUGACAGCUGAUCAUGAUGACCGUGUUGUACCACUUCAUUCCCUUAAGUUUAUUGCUGAACUCCAGCAUACAAUGGCAGGAAUAAAGAAACAGUCAAAUCCAUUACUUAUCAAAAUAGACACCAAAGCUGGACACGGAAGAGGGAAACCAACUGCCAUGAUUAUUCAAGAACAAACAGAUAUGUACUGUUUUAUUCUGAAGACCCUGGGACUUGAUUGGUUUAACCAUUGAUUAUUCUAAUCACUUCUUGCUUUGGUAAUCAAGUGAAUCAUAAUUCAAACAAUUUGAUAAUAAAAGUUGUCUUUCUGUCA